AAAGUAAUUUUGGGGUAGUGCUGGCUUGAGUAAUCUGCAACCAUAUUCUAUAAUGAUACCUUCAGAUUCAGUUACGGAGUAGAAAGUAGACGAAGAUAUGGUGGGAAAUGGGAAAUCCCUCGUUUUACCCUGUACCUGUAGACGCGACAGGGAAAUUGAGAUUGAGUAAUCGAACCAAUUACUUCUUUUGGUGGGUGUACUUUUUGAGGGCGACUGUGCGAGGAAAAGAACAAUCACAGAUUAUGUUAGAUGACAAAAAAGAGACCCAUCACCCAUUGAUCGCAAUCUCUUUAGCAAUAACUUCAUUUUCUUCCUCACAGAUCUAAAUGAAGCUUUCAGUGCUAAAAUCGAAGGGAGAAACCAUCGUCAGCUUUCGUAGAUCAUGUGAAGCACCCCAAAUGGGCAUUUCCCCUCAAGAGUCAAGAACCAGAAGCCACCCACCUCAGAAGCACAAGGAUUCGGUUUGGCGUUUAGCCCACAUCCCCUUCAGAACGUUGAAAUAUAAAGCCUGGCCGGCCAUUUCUAAGGCCGACCCAUUACUUGCAACUUGGUUUUCCUAGUUGUUAGAGUGGCAGAAAGUCCAAGAUAGGAAUAGGAAAGUCUGGUGGUUCAGCUAAAAAUUCUUGACGUCAGGUGGCAAUUGCUUCAGAGGCCAUCUCCACUUCAUUUUCUUGCAUUAUUGAUGAGAUGUCUUGAAUUUGAGUCGGUAUAAUUUGUUGAGCUGGUGAAAGACGGUAUCAAUUGCCCAAGCAAUGGAUGUUAGAUUCUCCUUGCUUCUCUUCGUAGUUUCUCUACCUGCUAUUUUGGCUCAAGACAUAGAACGUGCUAGAAUUAUAAUCAAUGCUAAUGCGAAAGUUUCAGAAACUGACUACAAUUUCAUCUGUGCUACCCUGGAUUGGUGGCCUCAUGAUAAGUGUGAUUACAACCAAUGUCCAUGGGGGUACUCAUCCGUCAUCAAUUUGAAUAUUAACUUUCACAUUCUUUUUGAAAUAGCCUUCCACAAUUUAAGGAUAAGAAUUGGUGGCUCUUUGCAAGACCAAGUAUUAUAUGAUGUCGAAAGCUUGAAAUUCCCUUGCCAUCCAUUUCAAAAGAUAAGCUCAGGGUUAUUUGGUUUUUCAAAGGGAUGUUUACACAUGAAUAGGUGGGAUGAGCUAAACUAUUUAUUCUCCAAGACAGGAGCCAUUGUAACAUUUGGCCUGAAUGCACUUUAUGGGAGGCACAAGAUCGGUAGAAUUCAGUGGGGAGGAAAUUGGGACUACAGUAACGCUCGUGAUUUUAUGAAGUAUACCAUUUCAAAGGGAUAUGUGAUGGAUUCGUGGGAAUUUGGUAAUGAAUUGAGUGGAAGUGGUGUCGGUGCAAGUGUUGCUGCUGACCAGUACGGGAAAGACUUGAUCCAACUUAAGAACAUCAUUGACGAGUUGUACCAAGAUUCCAACUCAAAACCAUCUCUUGUAGCACCUGGAGGAUUUUAUGAGCAGGAUUGGUAUGCAAAACUUCUUCAGGUUUCAGGAUCAAAUGUAGUCAAUAUCGUCACCCAUCAUAUGUAUAACUUGGGUCCAGGUGUUGAUCCCAAUCUAGUGAGUAAGAUAUUGAAUCCUAAUUACUUGAGCAAAGCAUCAGAAACAUUCAGCAAACUUGAUCAAACCAUCCAAACAUAUGGUCCAUGGGCUUCAGCGUGGGUAGGCGAAUCAGGUGGGGCCUACAACAGCGGUGGUCAUCAUGUAUCUAACACAUUCGUCAACAGUUUUUGGUACUUGGAUCAGUUGGGUAUGGCAUCCAAGUACAGAACAAAGGUCUACUGCAGACAAUCAUUAAUUGGUGGAAAUUAUGGUCUCCUAAACACUGGCACAUUUGUGCCGAAUCCAGAUUUUUACAGUGCACUUCUAUGGCAUCGGCUUAUGGGAACGGGUGUUCUUGCUGUCGAGAGCGAUGCAUCUUCCUUUUUGCGCUCUUAUGCUCAUUGCUCGAAAGGAAGAGCUGGCAUAACUGCACUGUUUAUCAAUUUAAGCAACCAGACACGUUUCAUAGUAGGCGUUCGGAACAGCUUAACUAUCCAAGUGAAGAAAAUCCGUGGAGGAAGCUCUUUCAUGGAAGGCAUCAAGAAAACAGUAAGUUGGGUUGGAAACAAAGCAUCAGAUUUGUCCAUAUCAAGAGAGGAAUAUCACUUGACUCCAAAAGAUGGCUACCUUCAAAGCCAAACCAUGGUUCUAAAUGGGGUUCCAUUAGAGCUAACUGAAGAUGGAGAAAUUCCACAACUAAACCCUGUCUUUAAUAAUGUCAAUUCUCCAAUUCUUAUAGCUCCAUUGUCCAUUGCAUUCAUAGUGUUCCCAAAUUUUGAAGCUCCAACCUGCCAAUGAUCUGUUUUCAAACAGCAGUAAAGGCUUCAUUUCUCUUUUAUUUGUUGCACAGUUUUCAAGUUUGUAUUAUCAAGUUUUAAGUUGAUGCAUGAUAUAUGCCAAUGUAAAUGCCUCUUUAUUUGCWAUGGGAAAAAAGGGCGACUUCGGUUUGGUCGGUU